AUAAAGUGUUGUUGUCGCCCAUAAGCAAGAGUAAUCAAAAAACCACAGAUUUUGAAGAGCUAUGGCCUGGAAAACCCUGCUUGAAAUUUUUGGGAAUUAGCUGCCUAUAAAAGCGAUGCGCUUUAACGCAAUCGGCAUCAUUUCUCAAGAGCUUCUUAAGUAAACUAAAGAUGUAUUUUGUCAUUCGACUAAGCUUCGUCCUGGCUGUGUUGCUUUGUAUCACUGGCAAUGGAGAGGCCUCAGUUCUGCGGGAUAGCUCCAGACUCCAGGAAAUUCAGCGCGAAAGUAGCCUUACUGAUGAUGUGGACACCCAAGUGAAACUGGCCAACGAAGCCAUUGAAAUCUUCAAUAAGUACAAGGGGCAGGGAGCAUCUGAUAUCGCCCAGGAGGCUCAGUUAACCAAACAAGUCAAUGACUACAAGGAUAAGGCCAUCCUCAUAGAUGAUGUUCCGCCCCAAGGAGGUCUUUGGGAUGAGGUCCACCAAGAUGCCAAAAACCUAUUAGUUAGUUCUUCGAAGGCACUGGUGGAGGAAGUCAGAAGUUUUCUUGUGAAUCAGAUUCUGAGCGCGCUCCCGUUUGGCCACUGAAAUUAAAAGUGCACUAAU